AUGACGCUGGGCGUCGCCCCAGUCUGCCGUCCCGAGCUGCCUCACAUUUACGGCGUCUCCAAGAAGGAGCAGGUGAACAUCCUGUGCGACGUGGACUCCAAUCCAUCGCGCCUGCACUUCCUGUGGACUUUCAACAACACGUCCGAGAUGACGGAGCUGGACAGCAGGCUGGUCAACAGCAGCGAGACGCGCAGCAUGCUCACCUACCAGCCGAAGACUGAGAUGGACUACGGCACCAUCUUCUGCUGGGCCACCAACGACAUCGGCAGGAUGGCCCGGCCCUGCGUCUUCCACGUCAUAGCUGCCGGCCCCCCGGACCCACUGUACAACUGCUCCAUACAUAACCGGACUGCGAUGGAUAUGUCGGUCCAUUGUAUGGAGGCUUUCGAUGGAGGUCUGAUUCAGUCAUUCAUGCUCAACGUGUUUGCCGUCGAGGACGACCAUGUGGUGUACAACAAUACUUCGAUGAAGCCGCAGUGGCACGUGCAGGGCCUGAUCCCUGGCCAGCGGUACAGGAUCCACGCCGUGGCGCUGAACGCCAAGGGCAGGAGCGCUGCUGUCAUCCUACCGGCCGACACCGUCACUGGCCCCGAGAAACAGCAGGAAAACAAACAAGGAGCCCAGCCGGUGCCCCCAGCUUCAGCAGUGGCAGCAGGACACGGUGACAUGCCGCUGAAGCGCUUCAAUCACAUACUCGUGCCGCCGGACCAGGUUGUGUACAACAAGACUUCGAUGAAGCCCCAGUGGCACGUGCAGGGCCUGAUCCCUGGCCAGCGGUACAGGAUCCACGCCGUGGCGCUGAACGCCAAGGGCAGGAGCGCUGCUGUCAUCCUACCGGCCGACACCGUCACCGGCCCCGAGAAACAGCAGGAGAACAAACAAGAUUUCACGAUCGCUGAGAUGCUUCCGGAACCAGCCGAACACUCGCCGCUGCUGGCCCUGCUGGUGGGUGGGGUCGGCUCGCUCGUGCUGCUGCUGCUGGCCGCCAUCCUGGCGGCCUUCGCGUGCCGCCGCGGUCACCGCCAGGGUGCGCCAACAAGUCGGCUGCACCUGACGACGCCGGUCGACCUGGACAGCGGCGACACGAGGGGUUCAGACGUGUCGCCUGGUCCCAACGGGCCGGCGUACCGGGUGUACCGGAUCCCACGCGACAUCCCUGCGCUGCCAGCCCGGGCGCGGGAGCCGGCGGCGGCAGGAGCCGGACCCCGACCGGCUGGCCACAUGACGCUGCGCACCUUCCACAGCGCCGCGCCCGGCGCUCCCGGCGCCGCGAGAGUGCCGAUGUACACGUUCGUGUGUGCAUGCUUGUGCUCGGAACAGCGCUAUGUAGUGCGUGGACUGUAUCGGCAUUCCAACUGUUAA